AUGCUGCCCCGCGACCCGUACAGCGUUGCGCCCUUCGUGCUGCUGCGGCCGGCGGCGGCGCACACGCGGCGAGUGCUCUCCCAAACCGCUGGCGGCCGUGCGCCCUUGCGAAACCGGUGCCACAGCGGGUACUCCGACACCAAUCCUACGCUAGCUAAUUCGAUGUCAUCAGGCUUCACUAUGGCACUUGCCAUGCCAACGACACUAAAAUGUACCAAAGCUGGUGGGAACAAAAGGCUCAAGUAUGCUGUAUCAGCUAUACAAGGAUACUGUGAAGAUAUGGAAGAUGAUCAUGCAGUUGUUGAAGAUAUGGAUAGAGAGACAUCAUUCUUUGGCGUUUAUGAUGGACAUGGAGUUUGUAACCUUAUAUACACUCAAAGAAUACUUGACUGUUCACUCAUCCUUUUGUUUUCAGCAACAUGGCCUGCUGUUGCAAGGUACUGUGCAAACCAUCUGCACAUUGAGCUUCUCAAGCAGCCAGCGUUUCAUCGUAAUCUCGCUCAUCCAAUUGAGAGAACAUUCUUCAGAAUGGAUGUAAUGAUGAGAGAUAGGAAUGCCGAAAAGGAAUUAUCUAAGUAUGGUGGUAACAAGCACUGGAGAAAAUUUAGAAAGAAUCUUUGCAUGAGCUCCAUCUUUCCUUGCUUUAUACAGCGACCUCCCUACGAGGGACCACUAGUGGAUGGAUGCACUGCAUGUGUUGCUCUGAUUAGAGGCAACCAAAUAAUAAUUGGAAAUGCUGGUGAUUCACGUUGUGUACUCUCAAGAAAUGGCCAGGCUGUUGCUUUAUCCACAGAUCAUAAACAAUGCCUUCCUGCUGAAAGACAAAGAAUCGAAAAAGCAAGAAAUGCAACUGUUAGAGUUAGAGGAGAUGCCCCUCAAAUUGAUGAUGGAAUUUCGACUUCAAGAUCGAUAGGUGACCUUAAAUGCAAGCAGAAUAUCAGCCUGUUUCCCCAGGACCAAAUAUUGAUUGCUUUUCCAGAAGUGCAGUCUGAAGAAAUAAUCGCUGAGUCAGAAUUUCUUGUUAUAGCAUGCAAAUAUGCAAUGAAUUCUGCCAAUUCCCCUUUACCCUUUACCAUAUAUCUCUCUCCGUCUUCUCUCUUCUCCACAAGUCCCAUCGAUCCCCAACGCUCAUCUAAAAAAUCCAGAACCCAGCAAAGCCCUAAACCCACGCCACCAUGCCGGAGGUCGAACCUGACCUCGAGGCUGGCGUGGCCGCAGCAUCACACGAAGGCGGAGGUGAAGCUUGAGGCCGAUCCCAAGGCCGCGGCGACCGCCGAGGCUAAAACCGCCGUGACGCCGCCGCCGCAGAAUUUGGAGCAGGGGACCCCGCGCCUGCAGUGGGAGUUCGUGCGGAAGGUGUACGCCGUCAUCUUCCUGCAGUACCGGCUCGCGGGUGGCGUCGUCGCCGUCACCUGCUUCGUGCCCGCCGUCCCGCGCUUCUUCACGUCCCCCCACGUCGCCGUCGAUAUCGCCUUCAUCGCCAUCGUUGUCGCCCCCUUUAUCGCGUUAUGGCCGAUGCUCAAGUACAGGGAGAAGCACCCGAUGAAUCUGCUGCUGCUUGGCCUCGUCACGCUCUGCUUCAGCCUCAGCAUCGGCAUCUUGACCUCCGUCUUCACCACAAUUGGUACAGUGGUUUUGCAAUCUAUGAUUCUUACAGAAGUUGCUAUGAUUAACCUCGUCAUCUACACAUUCUGAGCAUCCAUAAGACACUAUAAAGUCACCUUCCUGUUCCCCUUCCUGAUCACCCACCUCCUCACAUUUGUGAUCUACUUGACCAUUCAGGUCAAUUGUCCUCUGGGAAGCAUCAACAUGAGCGGAUUCGGUUGCGUUGUCAACGUGUUGUUCGUUGUGUUCAUCAUCCAUGACACAGACCUGUUGAUCAAGCGCCACAAAUUCAAUGAGCACAUCUUUGCUGCAAUAUCACUAUACUCCGACCUCAUCAACCUGGCCCUUUCUUGUCUGUCACCCAGUACGUUGAUCAAAUAGUUGUACAAGCGUGGCAAAUGGUUCUACGUAAUAUUAAUAAUUAGACCCCCUAAGGUAUCUUGGCCUUUAUGGAUCUGCACAAGGCAGUCCUAGUUGGUGGGCAACUGCAUCUGACUUUAGUCGAGAUCAUAAACACUCGCUGAUCGCUUGUUAAGUUGAUGUUCGAGUAGUUAAUGUGUUCUCUUAUAUGUAGCCAGUCAUGCUACUUUUGGGGUUUAUUCACACCGUUGUUUGCAGCUCUGCUGCUGAUUACCUGAACGGUGACUGUUCUGGUUGGUUUUUAUUUGGAACAGUCUAUUUGUAUGCAGAUGACUAAUACUAGUUCGUUGUUU